CUGGCUCCCCAUGGCAGUGGGUGCUGCUGCUGUUGGGGCUGCUGCUCCCUCCUGCCACCCCCUUCUGGCUCCUCAAUGUGCUCUUCCCCCCGCAAACCACGCCCAAGGCUGAACUCAGUAACCACACAAGGCCUGUCAUCCUCGGUAAGCCCCCACUAGGCCCCUGAUGCAUCAAGCAAGACUUUGGGGAGCCUGGGUCUUAGCCCCUGACAGCAGCAGAUGCUGUCAAAAUUCUUCUGCCCCACCAUUAGUGGGUCUUAGCCCCCUCAUACCUGUGGGGAAGGGGCAAAGCCUAGUUCUACAGAGAUACCACCCCUCUCCCCUUCACACUGUUCUAUGUCUAAGUUGUCUUCAGGGGCUUAGGGUUGGGGUGGUGGUCAGUAAAUGGGAUGUGGUUUGCCUGACCGUAGCCAGGGCACCUCAAACUAUGGCCAGCUCCAGAUACACUGGAUACUAGGUUAAGCCCCACUACUUCCUUGGCUUCUACUUUACCAAGAAGGAGAUACCCAGUCCAGUGCCAGAUAGCACAAGAGGUCCAUAAAUGCCUCCCUCCCGUUCUAGGCCCAGCCCAUGUUCCCUCGUACCUAUUUGUUCUCUCCUUGGACUUUGGCAAUAAUGGAAAGCCAAGCUGGAUGUUUGUUUUGUGGGGGCAGGGGUCAGUGGCUUGGUUCCUGCACCUUCCCUGCCUAAAGGGAGCCUGGAUGUUGCAGUACUGGUGGGGCAGUAGGAAGUGUGGUGGAGAGAAGAUAGAUAUGGUUAGAGGGUGUGGGAAAUGGAGGGGUGGGCGUUUUUUGGUGGUAGGGUGGGGGGUUGGAGAGAAGCCAAGAAGUCCAGAACAAAAGCUGGUGCCCACAGUGCCUGGCUGCCUGGGGAAUCGGCUGGAAGCUAAGCUGGAUAAACCAGAUGUGGUGAACUGGUUGUGCUACCGCAAGACAGAGGACUUCUUCACCAUCUGGCUGGAUCUCAAUAUGUUUCUACCCCUUGGGGUGGACUGCUGGAUUGAUAAUACCAGGGUUGUCUACAACCGCAGCUCUGGGCACGUGUCCAAUGCUCCUGGUGUACAGAUCCGUGUUCCUGGCUUUGGCAAGACCUACUCUGUUGAGUACUUAGAUGACAACAAGCUAGCAGGUUACAUGCACACACUGGUACAGAAUCUGGUUAACAAUGGGUAUGUGCGGGAUGAGACAGUGCGGGCCGCACCCUAUGACUGGCGUCUGGAACCCAGCCAGCAGGAUGAAUACUACCGGAAGCUGGCAGGACUGGUAGAGGAGAUGUAUGCUGCUUAUGGGAAGCCUGUCUUCCUUAUUGGGCACAGCCUUGGCUGCCUACAUGUGCUCUACUUCUUACUGCGUCAGCCUCAGUCCUGGAAGGACCGCUUCAUUGAUGGUUUUAUCUCUCUUGGGGCUCCUUGGGGUGGCUCUAUCAAGCCCAUGCUGGUCAUGGCCUCAGGUGACAACCAGGGCAUCCCAUUCAUGUCCAGCAUCAAGCUGAGAGAGGAGCAACGAAUAACCACGACCUCCCCCUGGAUGUUUCCAGCCCGCCAAGUAUGGCCUGAAGACCAUGUAUUCAUUUCCACACCAAACUUCAAUUACACAGGCCAAGACUUCAAACGUUUUUUUGAGGAUCUUCAUUUUGAAGACGGAUGGUACAUGUGGCUACAGUCACGUGACCUGCUGGCAGGCCUCCCAGCACCUGGUGUAGAAGUAUACUGUCUGUAUGGUGUGGGUCUGCCCACACCUCACACAUACAUCUAUGACCACAGCUUUCCCUACAAAGACCCAGUGGUCACCCUCUAUGAGGAUGGUGAUGACACUGUAGCCACACGCAGCACUGAGCUCUGUGGCCGGUGGCAUGGCCGCCAAUCACAGCCUGUACACCUGAUGCCCAUGAAUGGGACAGAACAUCUCAACAUGGUCUUCAGCAAUAAGACAUUGGAACAUAUCAAUGCCAUUCUCUCAGGUGCCUAUCGCCAUGGUAUUCCUGAGGCCCCAGCUGCCAGCCCAGGUCCCCCACCCCCUGAAUAAAGACCUUGGCUGUUAUAAGUCCAA